AUGGCUCCCAUCUUCAAGCCCCUUGCGCUCGCUAGCGCUCUUUUCGCUGCCAUCAGCUCGGCCGCCCCUGUCAACCUGAACAAGCGCGAAGACGUCGUGGUGUGGGAAACGGUCACCACUGUUGUCUGGACCACCGUUGACGUGACCACUACCAUCUACCCUACUCAGCAGGCUGCGGCUCCCACUACCACUGUCGCUGUGGCCAGUGCUGAGCCUACCUCGACCGCGGCCCCUGCUCCCGAGCAGCCCAAGCCAACCGAGGCCCCUGCGCAGUCCGAAACUACUGAGUCUCAGCCCACUCAGCCCGCUCCCACCGUUGUAUCCACUCCUGUUGUCGCCGCUGUUGUUCAGCCCGCCCCCGAAGAGCCCUCGACCACUCAGGCUCCUCAACCUGUCACCACCGCGGCUCCUUCCACUUCUACUACCCAGGCUGCCCAGCCCACCCAGCAAGCCUCUAGCAGCAGCAGCAGCAGCAGCAGCACUGAUACAAGCUCCAGCAGUGGAUACAGCGGCAGCUGCUCCAAGGACUCCCCCUGCGUUGGCCAGGUCACCUACUACGACACUGCUACCUCGGCCAGCGCCCCCAGCAGCUGCGGUCUGACCAACGACGGAUUCAGUGAGAACGUGCUCGCGCUUCCCGUGGGCAUCAUGACCGACGCUGACUGCGGCAAGACUGUGACCGUCACCUACAACGGUGUCACCAAGACCGGUACCGUCGUGGACAAGUGCAUGGGUUGCGACAACACCUCUAUCGAUCUGUCCCGGCACUUCUUCGGCGAGCUGGCCGAUAUGGGGGCGGGCCGUCUCCACGGCGUGUCGUGGUACAUCAACUAA